UCGGAGCAGACACGCGGGAAUCCUUUUCUUCCCUUCACUGCAAGACCAGGCGCGAACGAAGGGCGUGGCGCCUCCUCGCGCAAUCACGGUCCUGGCCCGAGCUCGCAGAGAGAAAGAGCGAGAGAGCGCUGUAGGGAGCUUCCGUUUAUCUGCGAGGUCAGAGAAGGCUGGCUGCGCGUUACAGUGGUGCUGUUGGAAAACACGAUGAAAAUGGCGUGGCAACCACAGGAGGAAGGACUCAGGCAAAUCCUGACGCUGCUUAAGGAGUCGCAGAGCCCGGAUACGGCGACCCAGCGUGCCGUACAACAAAAAUUGGAAGAGUUGAACAAAUUUCCAGAUUUCAACAACUAUCUAAUUUUUGUUCUGACAAAAUUAACAUCAGAAGAUGAACCUACGAGGUCUCUGAGUGGACUAAUAUUAAAAAAUAAUGUGAAGACGUACUUUCAUAAGUUUUUACCAGAGGUCAUAAAUUUUGUAAAGCAAGAAUGUCUCUCAGCUGUCGGAGAUCCAUCGCCACUGAUUCGUGCGACCGUCGGUAUUUUGAUUACUACUGUCGCAUCAAGAGGUGAAUUAACAACUUGGCCGGAAUUGUUGCCAGCAUUGUGUCAAAUGUUGGAUUCUCAAGAUUACAAUGUUUGUGAGGGCGCGUUUGGCGCACUUCAGAAGAUUUGCGAAGAUUCAGCAGAGAUAUUAGAUUCGGACGCCUUAAAUCGGCCCUUAAAUAUUCUAAUUCCAAAGUUCCUUCAAUUCUUUAGACAUUCGAGUCCCAAAAUCAGAUCUCACGCAAUAGCAUGCGUCAAUCAGUUCAUCAUUCAACGUACACAAGCGCUCAUGAUACAUAUAGACAGCUUUUUGGAAAAUCUCUUCCAUUUAGCCUCGGACGAUGAUUCCGAGGUCCGAAAAAAUGUGUGCAGAGCGCUGGUAAUGUUGCUCGAAGUAAGAAUGGACAGACUAAUUCCACAUAUGCACAAUAUAAUAGAGUAUAUGCUGUUGAGAACUCAAGAUGUUGACGAAGGAGUAGCAUUGGAAGCGUGCGAGUUUUGGUUAUCGCUAACGGAACAACCAAUUUGCAAAGAGGCACUCGCACCACACCUGACACGAUUAGUACCUAUCUUGGUGAAAGGUAUGAAAUAUUCGGAAAUUGACAUAAUCCUCCUCAAAGGGGAUGUGGAGGAGGAUGAAAUGAUUCCAGACAGAGAGGAGGAUAUCCGACCGCGUUUUCAUAAAUCCAAGACGCAUCAUUCACAUCACGCUAACGGCAUGGGCAGACAUGCCGUCGAUGAAAACGGCGGUGUGAACGGUGGAUGCGAUGACGAUGAUGUAGACGUUGAAGAUGGAUGUGAUGACGAUUCAACUUUGAGCGAUUGGAAUUUGAGGAAAUGUUCUGCUGCCGCGCUAGAUAUGUUGGCUAAUGUUUUCAGAGAGGAACUUCUACCAGUUUUGGUACCGAUCCUAAAGGAGACUCUUUUCCAUCAGUCUUGGGAGAUCAAAGAAUCUGGUAUUUUGGCAUUGGGAGCUAUCGCUGAAGGUUGUAUGAGUGGCAUGAUUCCGCAUCUGUCAGAACUUAUCCCUUACUUGAUCAGUUGCCUGAGUGACAAGAAGGCUCUAGUGCGUGCUAUAACUUGUUGGACAUUGAGUCGUUAUGCGCAUUGGGUUUGUGCACAGCCUCAUGAGACGCAUUUAAAACCCUUGAUGACUGAACUAUUGAAAAGAGUGCUCGACAGUAACAAACGUGUUCAAGAGGCAGCGUGCUCCGCCUUCGCCACCUUGGAGGAAGAGGCAUGCACUGAAUUGGUCCCUUAUCUCGGAUUUAUUCUCGAGACACUUGUUUUCGCUUUUAGCAAAUAUCAACAUAAAAAUCUUUUAAUUCUGUACGACGCGAUUGGCACUCUCGCUGAUUCUGUGGGUCAUCAUCUGAACAGACCGGACUACAUCAAUCUUCUAAUGCCACCUCUUAUUAAUAAAUGGAAUGUGUUGAAAGACGAAGAUAAAGAUCUUUUUCCAUUGUUGGAAUGUCUUUCUUCAGUAGCGACAGCUUUACGUUCGGGUUUUUUACCGUAUUGUGAGCCCGUGUAUAGGCGAUGCGUGUCACUUGUAGAACAAACAUUAAAUCAACAUAUAGCAAGUACGCAAAGUCCAGAGCAAUUUGAGGCACCUGAUAAAGACUUUAUGAUAGUCGCAUUAGAUCUCCUCAGUGGAUUAGCAGAAGGACUGGAUGGCCAUAUGGAACGUCUAGUAAUGAACAGCAACGUAAUGCAAUUGUUAUAUCAAUGUAUGCAAGACACCAUGCCCGAGGUUAGACAGAGUAGCUUCGCUUUAUUAGGAGAUCUUACGAAAGCUUGCUUCCAACACGUGCUCCCCUGUAUACCGGAAUUUAUGCCUAUACUUGGACAAAAUUUACACCCGCAAUUCAUAUCGGUGUGUAACAAUGCGACAUGGGCGAUUGGCGAAAUUUCAAUAAAACUUGGGCCUGACACGAGUGCGUACAUAUCGUUGGUUCUCUAUCAGUUUGUCUUAUUGUUUGUGUUUCCGGUCACUUCACUACACUUCACUUGUCUACUUACCGAAACCGAAAAUGAAACCGUAGCCAUAACGAUCGGUCGCCUAGGUUAUGUGUGUCCCCACGACGUCGCCCCCAUGUUACAGCAGUUUGUCCGACAGUGGUGCACUUCUUUGCGAAGCAUAAGAGAUAACGAAGAGAAAGAUUCCGCCUUUAGAGGUAUGUGUCAAAUGAUCACUGUCAACCCAGCCGGUGUUGUUCCGGACUUUAUCUUCUUCUGCGACGCUGUGGCAUCAUGGUCCGCACCGAAGGAAGAUCUUAAAGAAAUGUUUCAGAAGAUAUUAUUUACAUUCAAAAAUCAAGUGGGUGAGGAGAACUGGAAACGAUUCUCCGAUCAAUUCCCGCCACAGUUAAGUGAGCGGCUUCACAAUAUGUACGGCGUCUGAAAAGCUCCGCCUAAAAGCGAAGGCCGCUUAAUGCAGCAGGCCGAAUGGGGUUGGGCGGGAAACAAAGGGCGGAUGGGACGGGUGGGUGAAACCACGGCCUCUUCUCAUCAACAUCGUUGUCGUUACCGUAUCACCAUGGUAUGUCACCGUCGUGCUUUUGGGGAGAACGAUAAGAGGCACGCCGUGCCUUUUAAGUCUCGGCAGCCGAUGAGGCUGGUAAAAGAGGGCAAUGGAAAGAGAUUAGUCGAG